CGCGCCUGCGCAGCUGGCAGUGUAGUGGGGGGCGGGGCAAAGCACCGCUUUGGCAGCACAGCGGAAGAAAAUGGCGGCCGUGGCUGCAGAGCCAGGAGCUGCGGCGGUUCCGACAACAACAAUAACCGCGGCGACGAACGACGAGGGCCCGUCAGAACCGGGCCCGACCGGCCCGAGACUACCGGGAGCCCCGUUGGAAAUCGAGGGGCCGCCUGUGGAGCCGCUUGUCCACCGGGUGGAGGAUGGUGGGGACGGGGAGGAGCGCCGCCAUGACAGGCCGGAGCUGGAGCCCGCGGCGGGAACAGCGCUCUCUGAUGACGCCGUUAACGAUGAACGGAUCGAUACUUUCCCGGUGGACCUGAUCAGCAUGGACCGGUUCUCUCCCGGAGUACCGGCGGAUCCAGAGGGCGGCGGGAACGUGUCGGUGCAGGCGGCGUACCGCAGCAUCCUGGCGGAACCCUCCGCCGUCUUCCUGCACUCCUUCCCGGCUCCCCCUCCCGUCACCGAGGCCGGACUGUCUCUGGCGGAACCGGCGGAACCGACCACCAACGUGACGACGGAUCGGACCGAGACCGCGGGCCGAGACAGAGGCUACACGGCUCCGGCCCAACCGGAGCUGAGGUCCGGCCCGGCGGAGGACGGUACCGCUGACCGGCUGUCGGUCUCGGACGGCCAGGACCCGAAGCCGGGGUACGGGAAGAACUCAGCGGGGACCGAAGAGCUGCCGGGCGGCGGCCCGCGGGACUCCUCCCCGCCCUGCAGGUCUCCGAAGAGGCGGCUAGCGGCGGACGGUUCCGCCGGGGAAGACUCCUCUCGGCCGGAGCCCGUUGUCGGUGCUCCGCCGCUCGGCUCCGGGCCGGAUCUGAGUCCUGGGUCCGAGGUCCGGGUCUCUCUGGACCACGUCAUCGAUGACGCGCUGGUGGUGUCCUUCCGGCGGGGUGAGAAGGUGUUCUCCGGGGUCCUGAUGGAUGUUUCAAAAAGGUUUGGACCGUAUGGUAUCCCCAUCACAGUGUUUCCCAGACGGGACGACGGGAGUCGACCACAGAUGUCUGUGCAGCCGCCCCCCUUGAAAAACGCUGACCCAUCCACCAAACAGGAAGAGGUCAUCGUUAGCCCCACGUCCCCGUCUUCUCCCCAUCCUCUCUCCUGGACCUCCAAACUGCCACCACUGUUCCAGGAGGGGGCGCCGUACCCCCCUCCUCUCUUCAUCAGGGACACCUACAACCAGGCCUUACCUCAGCCACUGCCACGCAAGAUCAAACGGCCAAAGCGGCGUUACCGCUGCGAGGAGCCAACCUCCAUCAUGAAUGCCAUCAAGCUCCGCCCCCGCCAGGUGCUGUGCGACAAAUGCAAAAGUGUGGUGGCAUCAGGUGGGCACAGGGAUUCGAGGCGGGGCACAGUGGAUCUGAGGAGUGAGGAGGUGUCACGGCGGCGGCGAACAGCCGAGGGGCCAAUCUCCUCGGAGGUCAAACGGCUUAGAAGUGAUGACAAGGGAGGGCGUACUGCUGCUGACAGACGCUCAUCAUCAGGGAUACGUGUGUCAUCUUCAUCAUCAUCUUCCUCUCGCCGUGUCCUGAGGGGCGUGGCUUCAUCUUCACCUUCCUCAUCCACAUCCAGUCGCAUGUGUCUGAAUCUGAACUCUAAGAAGGUUCUGGCCAAAGGUUCCACGGGCGAUCGGUCCAAAGCACGGCAGGUUCUCAAGAAGCUGGCGAGGAGCUCCCAGCCACCACCGCCACAUCGCCGGCCCAAAGACCAGAACCAGAACCAGGGUCAAAACCAGGAACGCACCAAGGCCAUGACCCGAGCCGCCGCCCUGCAGAACCACAACCAGAAGGUGCACUUCACUCGCCGCCUGCAGCACCUCAGCGGCACCGCCGUCAGCUCGAGUCCUCACACGGUGCUUCCGCCCAGAAUGCGCCUCAAACCCCAAAGGUAUCGUACCGACGACAGCCAGGCACCCUCCUCCUCCUCAUCCCCGCCCAAACAGAGUGCUCGCUUAUCGCCUCCCAAACCAUUGUUAAGCCCUGCCCCAACAGUGAACUCAGCCCCGCCCGUAGAGCCACCCCCUCCCUCGACCACAUCUCCUCCUCCGACUCCCCCCUCCUGUGCAGCCAGUGUUGCCAUGGACAUGCAGGAGGUCAGCUCUUCUGUGGAGGAGGGGGCGGAGCAGGGACAGGGAAGAGAUGAUGUGCAGGUAGUGGAGGCUCCUCCCCCCUGCUCCUCCUCCUCAGACUCCUCCCACUCAGAAUGCAGUUUCACAGAGACCUUUGACCUCCCCCCUCCAGGAGACCCACCUUCCUCCUCUCCCUCCGCUCCCGCCCCCCCUACCUCCUCCUCGUUAGGGCCUCUGUGUCCCUCCUCUUCCUCUCCUACCGCCCCUCCCCCCAGAGCUGAUGGCGAGGAGACGCAGGCCGGCGGCGGAGAGGAGGAGGAAGGUGAACUGAAGAGGCGUCGUAAGUCCUCCACAUCCUCCUCCUCCUCCUCAUCUUCGUCGUCCUCCUCCGUCUUCUCCAAGUUGGUGUCCAAAUGUUCGCUCCCCGAUGGUCGGAUGGUGUGCGUCGGCGACAUCGUCUGGGCAAAGAUCUACGGCUUCCCCUGGUGGCCGGCGCGCGUGCUCGGCAUAACGGUGUCACGGCGCGGCGACACAGGGCUGGCGGUGCGGCAGGAGGCACGUGUCUCCUGGUUUGGCUCCCCCACUACCUCCUUCCUGCCGCUUACUCAGCUGUCGCCCUUCCUGGAGACCUUCCAGUCACGCUUUGACAGGAAGAGGAAGGGGCCGUACCGUCGUGCCAUUGCCGAGGCCGCCAGCGCAGCGAAACAGCUGACACCUGAAGUCCGGGCGCUGCUCACACAGUUUGAGACGUAGCAUCAGCUACUGCUGCCAACACCUCCCUUCCUGCCCCGCCCAUAUAAGGAAGUGGGAGGAGCCUUCCCCCCCCUUUCCUCAGACUGAUACCUGUCUGUCUGUCUGAGACGGACGCAAACAGAUGGACGGUCCUCACGUUUCUGUUUCCUGUUCUGGUCUUCCCUUUUGGAGAGGAGGGGGCGGGGCCUCUGAAUUACCUGUCCGCGUGGGCAGGGCUUACCUCUGUGGUCACCUCCCCAGGUCUUCACAGAGGUCCUCAGUUUCAGGCAGGUGUCAGUCAGCAGCAGCGUUUCCCCUCUCCUCGCCUUCACAGCGCUGUCUGUUUGCUAACUAACCUGAUGAUGUCAUGGUGAUAUCAUCAGUCUGUUUGCCAGGCACAGAGGCUCUAUGAAAGACACUGUCCAGUGACAUUAUGGGUAAUGUAGAAAGCAGGAUAUCUGUUAAAAGGAAAUCCUAAACGUCCAGUGUGAUUGGCUGAAAGCAUCAUCAGGAUGAUGUCACACAUUUACAUCUUCAAAGAUGAACCUAUGAUUUCAAAGUAAACACUAAUUAAGAUCCAGAUGGUAAAGCUAAGCUAACAUUGGCUAAGCUAACAGUGGUCACAUCCAGCUGCAGUGAUUGAUCGAUGAGUUCUGAUUGGUUUCUGUUAAUUAUGUUUGUCUGCUGGUGGCGAGGUGAAACGCUGUGACGCUCUGACAUGUCACUUCCUUUUGUGCUGGUUGUCAUGGUUUCUGCGGGUUCUGCUGAGGGACAUCCACAGACUGAAAGUAAAAAAACUGUGAAACACAAAGUGUUGUUCUAACUGAGGCCCGGGGUCCAGAUCAGGGUCCAGAGCUGAGUCAGAGCCUGAUCAUGUGACCAGCUCCGUCUGUUCUGAUUGGUACAAACACAGCAACUAUUACAGCUUCUGUAAUCAUGGGUCCCCGUAAUCCUGUGCUGAUGAUGUCAUCAGUGUGUGACCCAGCUGUUGAUGUCUGAUUGAUCAGACUGAUCAGUGAUCAGACGUAUUGAUCGCUGUGUGUUUGACCCCAGGGCCUCAGUGGAUCACCAUUAGACUGACAGACGGCAGGUAGGACAGGUAGGACACACUGACUGUUGGACAGGACGGCUGCUCUGCUCUCUGACGAUGAUGAUGAUGAUGAUGAUGAUGAUGCUGAUGCUGAUGAUGAAGGUGGAUUUUCCCUCUGUGCUGUGGGACUCAGUUUCCCGUCUGUUUGCAGAUCAGAGAUCGUGAGCUGAACUCACCUGAGUCUCACCUGUGUCUGUUUUUUUUCUCUCAUGUUUUAAAUUCUAUUAAAAAACUGUCAAACUUUGAAUCUUUGAAUCGUCGUCAUUCUUCUUCUGUGGUGCUGUUACUUGAGCGGUCACGCCGGUGCCUCGCUCAGUGGCACUCCUGCGGCAGAACUCACUCAGAUUUUCUCACCUGCAAACAGAUGUUUGGUAAACGGGUCACCAGAGCUGUUUUUACCUGGAGUGUCAUCAGUGAUCAAUAAUUAUAAUAAUCAAUAACCAAAUUACAUCAUCAGACCUGUUCAAAAGUCCACUGAGAUUUAAUUUAACGAACCAGUGGCUUCAAUGUGAUUGAAACAGUAAUCAGAUUAGAUUAAACGUGUGACUCAGACUUCAGGUAAAAACAACUCUGUAACCAGAGUGGGAAAAUAUCAGCUGGGUAUAGAGUAAUAACUGAAAUAAUACAGCAGGUACAGAGUAAUUACUGAAAUAAUACAGCAGGUACAGAAUAAUUACUGAAAUAAUACAGCAGGUACAGAAUAAUUACUGAAAUAAUACAGCAGGAACAGAGUAAUAACUGAAAUAAUACAGCAGGAACAGAGUAAUUUAUGGAGAAUACAUAAUCAGGUUUAAGAAGGCCUACUGCAUUAGGUGAAGUAUUAUAUGUACUCAGGUACCGUCUAAAUACUGAAUCAUCUAUUUGAUCAGGUUCAGACUAUAUCCUGAAAGUAGGUGCUGGGUAAAUCCUGGGAGGGUGUAAUGAGCCUCAGAGGUGAAAGGUCACGGUCCAUUCUUAGGCUGUGGUUGGAAAGUCUUUUUUUGCUUGGGAAGGUUCCUAGCUGAGUGAAAUGACCCGGAAGUAUUUCAGUGGUCACCAUGUAAAGAGCCGUUCAAAUUCUCUAAACAUUAAGGAAAGGAGGUUCAGUGCUUCCUUUCAGAUCUCCUUUAGCAUAGGAUACAUCGGACCUUCCUAAGCGAUAGGAAAGGACAUAAUUCCAUCCCACAAGUCAUUGCGGCAGCAAUGUUUACGCACCAUUCACAAACUCAAAUGAUUAGGAAAGAAAAAGCUCAACAUGACCGAGAAAGGAAGGAGAUCACCAUCUAAAUUACCACUGUUUAUGAAGCAUUAAACAUCUCAUGCCAUAACUUGUUCAUAUAUAUUUUUUCAACUUUCAACAUUAUGUUAAACUUAGAUGAGAACUAUGAACGUUUCGCUACUAUUGGUGUACCCUCCGUCCACAGCUUGGUUUAACUUGUUUUAUAACAGGAUAAACAAAUAAACAAUGCAUCAUUUUAAUUUUCCGAUUUUCGUGUGAAUAAGAAAAAACGGAAAUCCACGUGCUUUUCCCGUUUUCGUCUUCAAAUGGCUAAUUGAUAUAGAAAUUAAACCAAAACCAGAAUCCUACUUGUUUUUCGCCUUUAUUGUUAUAUCUAUUUUAUCUGCCCCUACUGCACCUGAUAUCUGCCCCUACUGCACCUGAUAUCUGCCCUACUGCACCUGAUAUCUGCCCUACUGCAUCUGAUAUCUGCCCUACUGCAUCUCAAUACAUUGGCAUCGGCUAUGCUUAUGGCCUAGAUAGAUAGAUGGAUGGAUGGAUGGACGGACGGACGGACGGACAGAUGGAUGGAUGAUAGAUAGAUAGAUAGAUAGAUAGAUAGAUUCAGGAGUAUUAUCUGGACCUGCUCUCUGUGUAAAGUGCCCUGAGAUGACUUUUGUUGUGAUUUGCCGCUAUAUAAAUAAAAUUGAAUCUAAAGAAAUACAUAGAUAAUCAAUGAAGUAACGCUGCUGUGCCUCGUGCGUAAAUGCACAUAUACUCGGCGUAUCGAGAUUUAAAUAAUCAAUGACGUUACUGCUUCCCACUUUGUGUUCCCCUGUACAGUGUUUCCUGCAGAGCUACAGUGGAAGGAUCAUAACAAAAAUACAAAAGACUGUAACGUUAAAAGAUAUCUGCCUGAGGUUAUUAAAUACCUGCAGCGAGCACCCCACCCCCACCCCACCCCACCCCGCAGCAGAAACAAUAAGCGUGUUUCCCCAUAAAGAGGGACGCUAUGCACAUUUACGCACGAGGCACAGCAGCGUCCCUUUUAUUAUUAAUAUUAUUAUUAUUAUUAUUUAUUAUUUAUCUGUGUAUCUGUGCAGUAGGGGCACAUCAUAGUGAUUUAACAAUAAAGGCCAAACACAAGUUAAUUACUGGUUGUGGACUCAUUUCGCCUCCAACUGCCCAUUUGAAGAAGAAAAUGGAAAAAGCACGUGGAUUUCCAUUCUUUUUUUAUUCACACGGGAAAAACAAAAUAAUGCAUUUAAUAUUUGUUUAUCCUGUUAUAAAACAAACAAGUUGAACACAGCUGUGGACGGAGGGACACGCACCGUAACAUACGCUCAGUUUGCAUCAGUCAUUUAUUCAUUUGAGCGCUGUUGUAUUGCCAGCCUUUAGUAAUAUCAUCAAUUCAUUUUACUGCUUGGGAUUCAGACGGGUGAGUGUGAGCAAACAUUCUCAAUGUGACAAUUUCGUUUCAGUUUGUGGCUGGCAGCCUAUAUUCAUUUUUUAAUUCAGUUCCGACCUUAGUAAUUAAACAAUAUCUUUCACCAUGUUGUCCACGUUUAUAUAUCCUGCAUGAAACAACACGAUGAGAACGUACGCCCCGUAUGUUCUCAUCGUGUGCAUUUUGUAGUCCAUCUUCAGAACACUGUAGUUUCACCACAGCAGACCCAGGUCAAUAACAUCCGCCGUGGCAUGAUGACGUAGCUCAGCGUAAGUGCGGUUAGAUUUUCUCAGCUCUGCGGUUCUCUUUUCCUAAGUCCUUAUGAAUUCUCCUACUCAUCUUUCCUUGACCUCGUGACGUUUCCCACCGAGGUCAAGGAAUAGUAAUUAGGAAUAGACGAUAGGAGGGACUUUCCGACCGCAGCCCAAGUUUCAUGUUAUCAGCCAUGUUAAGGUCAGGUAAACAGGAAGUGGAGUUGAAGGUGAGUUUCAUGUGCUCAUUCAGGUGAAUUCAUCCUCAGUAAAAACAUGAAACACAAAUAUAAAUAUAAAUAAGUAUCAGACGUUUGUUUUUGAGACGACGACAUGCUGAAUCCUCUGAGUUAUAAUUCAAUCAGAAAUCAACGUCAUCAACAACAGAAAUCAGUUCAUAUGAACACAGCAGAUGAUUAAUGAUCAGUUAAUAUUGAUCCGCUGAUUACUGAUCCUUUCAUCACUGAUGACGUGCAGAGCAGUGCAUUAUGGGAUUGAUAUAAAUGAGCAAUGAGUCAGGUUCAUGAACGCAGCUCAGCAACGUUCAGCACACAGAGGACCUUGAAUGCAUCGAGACCAAACCUAGAACAAACAAAUAACAACGACAUCACAGAGCUGGACAGGAAAUAAAAUAACAAAAUAAAAUAGACUAACAAAAUUAAAAAAAAAAUAAGAAAAAUAUAAUAAAAUGAAAAAAUAAAUAAAAAUCAAAUACAUCAAACAAAAUAAAAUAAUAUCAAAUAAAUAAAAUAAAGUAAUAAAAUGAAAAAAAAUAAAUGAAAUAACAUUAAAUUAAAUGAAAGUUCACUGAGAGAAAUAAAUAUGUGAUUUAACAGACAAACGGAGAUGUCUUGGUCUUUGAUUUAAACACCUGAGUCUCUGCAGUUUGUCCUGAGACGUCUGGAGACACUGUGUCUCCAUGUUGAGUCUUGUCUCUGAAGACACUGAGCAGACGUGUCCCUGAGGACAUGAGACGUCUGGACGGGUCAGACUGAAAGUCAGAAACCGUUCAGAGUUUUAUUCUGAAAGGAACUCUGACAGACAGGAAGUCAGUGAGGAAGUCAGUGAGGACUCAGUUGUCUCAUGAUAAAGACAUUCGUUGAGUCUCCUAAAGACGCACCCAGGGACAAGUUUGUCUAGGUCCUCGUGAGACGACAGUCCUUUUGUCCCUGACAUGUUCUGAAGGAGACCGCAGGUGGACUUCAGAGUACAUGUCUGUCCUCGUCUGUGUCUCUCUGUCUGUCUCUUUCUCUGUCUCUGUCUGUCUCUUUCUCUGUCUCUGUCUCUGUCUGUCUGUCUGUCUCUUUCUCUGUCUCUGUCUCUGUCUGUCUGUCUGUCUGUCUCUUUCUCUGUCUCUGUUUCUGUCUCUGUCUGUCUGUCUCUUUCUCUGUCUCUGUCUCUGUCUGUCUGUCUUUCUCUCUGUCUGUCUCUGUAGUCCAACAGCUACGGAGAGGAAGUGACUUCAGACACAGCUGUCCUCUGUCUGAUGAUGUCAUCAGUGACACUUGUCUCUCUGUCUCUG